AUGGUCGGACAGCCUUCCUUGACUGGCAUUCGUGUAUUAGAAUUCGCUGGACUUGCUCCUGGCCUUUUGCUUGCAGAUAAUGGAGCCUCAGUUCUACGACUGGAUCGUGCGAUUCCGAACCUCACCCACUCAAAUUCGAGCGAGCUGCCUCCACCUACGGCCGACUUGCUUACUCGGCGCAAGUCCUCGAUAGCAGUAGACCUCAAGUCUGCUCGGGGAGUAGACUUCGUAAAGUCUCUCAUCCCACACACGGAUGUUGUGAUUGAUCCCUUCCGACCUGGCAUCCUGGAGAAGCUGGGCUUGGGACCGGAGGUCUUGCUCAGAAUCAACCCGAGAAUUAUAGUAGGACGCAUUACAGGGUUCCGGAGGGAUGGCAAAUACAAAUAUAUGGCUGGGCACGAUAUAAAUUAUAUCGCCGUUUCUGGAGCUUUGGCUAUGCUGGGGAGAAAAGGCGAGAAGCCUUUGCCUCCUGCGAAUAUCCUCGGUGACUUUGCUGGUGGAGGAGCUACACUAUUCCAAGGAAUCUUGCUUGCACUGCUGGCUCGCGAGAAGAAUGGUAAAGGUCAGGUCGUGGAAGCGAAUAUGGUCGAUGGAGCCUCAUAUCUCAUGUCGUUUCCACGAAUGUUAUUGAAAGCACCGAUGUGGGACCGACCCCGAGGAGAGAAUAUGUUGGAUAGUGGCUCGCCAUGGUACGACACUUACGAAACGAAGGAUGGGAAAUACAUGUCUGUGGGCGCUCUGGAACCCCAAUUUUUUGCGGAACUUCUAAGGGGUCUUGGUUUGAGUGGUAAGGGUAUUGAGAAGUCAAGAUCAGAUCGAAGUACUUGGCCGGAAUUGAAGGCGACUUUCGAAAGAAUAUUCAAGGAGAAAACGAGGACGGAAUGGGAAAAAGUUUUCGACAAGACAGAUGCGUGUUGCACGCCUGUCCUCGAAUACAGGGAGCUCGAAACAGAUCUCAGCCGAGAAGGCGAUCAAAGACCACCCGUCACUCUCCGAGAGACCCCCAGCUUAGCAAUCUCGAAAGGCCCGAUCACCAGAGACCCAUCGACCGGACAAGGCCCUGGAGUCGAAGGCGAAUCGUAUAGAGGCGAAGCACUAUACCCAGGUCAAGGCGGAGAAGACGCAUUGAAUCAAUGGCUGGGCUGGAAGCGCGGCAAGGACUUUGAGGUAGAAGAUGGAGGUCUGGUAAGAGGAGCGCUGCCCAAGUUAUGA